AAUGUAUAAGAAAUAAUACAUGCAUAACUAAUACAAACAAAAUUAAUAUAAACAUUACUAAAGUAAAUAUUACUAAUACACUAUAUUCUACAUUGUUCUUAUACACUUACCAAACCAUCCUUAGUGUGUCAAUUUUCUAUGCGUGACAUGCAAAAUCUCAAAAUAAGGGUCCACCAAGCCCCCACUCCUCACGCCAUUAAUCAUGAAAUCAGUAUUUUUCUUCAUUCACUAUAUAAUAGACAGACAAUGGUAUUAGGAGGAAAAAUACAAUAAGUUUCACUUAGUUAUCUAAGUAAUGGAAAUUGAAGCAGAUGAAUCAUUUAAGAAGGCUGGAGCUAUUCCAUUUAAAUGGGAAAUCCGACCGGGAGUUCCCAAGCUCCAACAUUCACACCAACCAAUAUCACCAUUAUCCAAAGUAGUCGAGCCUCAAGAAGUAACGGAGAAGAAUCAAAGCCGUCCAAUUCCAGAAACACAACGUAAGCUGAGACCUCCACCAGCAGCUAGUUUCAAUUUCCAAUCACCAAAUGUGGAGCCCCGGACCCGAUCCUUCAGGUCAGUUCCACGUGCACGUUCUGAUAGGUACGUGCAGAAGUUGCUGACCAGACCGGUUAUGGGAGUUUCGUCAGAGGGGUGCUUCCCGUCUCCGUUGCUGAGGGGAGCAACGGAGAAGAAGAAGAAGAGCAAGAAGAGUACUGGACCCGAACCUGAACCCGAUUACAUGUCGGAUCUAGAGACAGUUUCUCGAUGGUCUGGGUCGACCCGAAAGUCUGUUUCUCCUUUUCAUGAUUCAUUUUCCUCACACGAGUCGUCGCCUCGACGACCAGUGAAUGAUGCUGAUUGGCCUGGAUUCGCUCUGUUUUAGAACCCAACGCAUUAUUAUCUUUCUUUCAUUUGUCUUUGCUUAAAGGGAAUUCUUAAUUAAUUGGUAAAGUUCAUGUCAUGUCAUGUGAUUAGGAGAAAACACUCAAGUCAUGAGAAUAAGUUUUUUUUUUUUUUUUUUUUUUUUUAAAUA